GGCAUUUACUGUUUAAUUCAAGUCUCAUUCCAAGAGAAAGUGGUGACUAUUUCCCAGGACAGCUCCCUGACUCCUGGCCGUUGCCAUGGAGAGGCCUCGGGCCGUUGCCAUGGAGAGGCCUCGGGCCGUUGCCAUGGAGAGGACCUGGGCCGUUGCCAUGGAGAGGCCUCGGGCCGUUGCCAUGGAGAGGCCUCGGGCCGUUGCCAUGGAGAGGCCCCGGACUCCUGGCCGUUGCCAUGGAGAGGCCUCGGGCCGUUGCCAUGGAGAGGCCCCGGACUCCUGGCCGUUUCCAUGGAGAGGACCCGGGCCGUUGCCAUGGAGAGGCCCCGGACUCCUGGCCGUUGCCAUGGAGAGGCCCCGGGCCGUUGCCAUGGAGAGGCCCCGGACUCCUGGCCGUUGCCACGGGGUUUCCCCAGGCCCGGGCAUGGCGGAGGAGCCAGGUCCGGGCUCGGGCUCGGGUCCGGGUCCGGAUCCGGAGGCUGAGGACCGCUCCAGGUACACCGUGUUCACCGGCUCCGCGGCUGAGGACGUGGCCUACGCCAAAGUGUUCUGGAGCUCGCUGUCCCUGCAGCCGCCGCUGGAGUCCCGCCUGGUGUCCGGGGACAUCAAACAGCGGCUCAAGGUGGCACAGGCCCCGGGGCACGGCCGCUGCACAGUUCAGUGCUGUCAUUGUCAACCAACCCAGGAAGACAUCAAAUCUAAGCAACUCCUGAUUGAAGCUCACAUGCAGUUGAAAGCAGAUGAAAAGGCAAGGUUAUUAGAGAAGUACUUCAGGCAUGUAUUCAAAAAGAGAGGCCACUCAAACUGGUGUUUCCUUUCUCAAGAAACACCACCAAACAAAGCAGAUGAAUCCCAAGAGAAAAACCUUUUUAAAAUGCCAAGAAACGCAAAGAGAUCUUGGAGUUAAUUAAUAAACAGAGGGAGGAAAGAGUACGGAAAACCUGCAUGCCCAGAGACCAGCAAUGAGGCUGAGGAGACCUAUCAGAUCUUAAGGCAGUUUGACUGAAUGUUCAGCAAAUAUCUCAGAAACAAAGUGAUGUCUAAGUGCGGAUGAAUUUCUUCCCUGGUUUCAAUAAAUACUAUAUUUUCUUUCA